CUCUGUGGCAUUUUGCAUCCGUUUUGAUAAUUAGAUGCAAGCAAAAGAACUGCGCUUGCAAAUAAUAUUAAAUUUAAAAUAUUAAAAUACUUUUUUAAACCACAUACAUUUAUUAAGCAGUUAUGUCAUAUCAACUGUAUAGAAAUACGACAAUUGGUAACACGUUACAAGAAAGCCUUGAGGAAUUAAUACAGUAUGGUCAAAUAACACACUCAUUGGCGUUAAAAGUCAUGUUACAGUUCGAUAGAUCUAUAAAUCAAGCCUUAUCCAACAGAGUAAAAUCUAGACUAACUUUUAAGGCAGGAAAGCUAAAUACUUACAGGUUUUGUGAUAAUGUAUGGACAUUUAUGUUAAAUGAUGUAGAGUUUAGGGAAGUUCAAGAAGUUGCAAAGGUGGAUAAAGUUAAAAUAGUUGCUUGUGAUGGUAAAAAUGUUGAUGAUCGAAGAUAAUGAAUGAUGUAAUAAAGAAAGCUAGUUUUAAUUUUUUUCAAAAAAAUAACUAUUUGCUGUUUCCUAAAUUAUUAAUUGCUGUACACAUAAAAUGUUUUGUUGAAGACUUUUGUUUAUGAAAUAUUUUUCCACUUAUAGAAUUAAACAGUGAAGUGUU